UUUCACACUCCUUACCAAUCCGAACAAUAAAAAACACAUCUAUUUCACCUCUUUCAGAAUUCCGAUUACUCUUUAUUGCUGCCCCUCUCAUUCUCUCCCACCGGUCACCAGGCACGAGCAAGCAACGGCACCGCUCAAGGUACAGCUGCACCGCUCAUUCCACCUGCCGCGAACCACCCCCGGCGUUAACUGUGAGUUGGUGGUUGCCAAGGGAGGCUGAUGUUGAGGCGGUUGAGCACAGGAUAUAGCGGUUUUCGACGGAGUUUCAGCUCAAAUCCUCCACUGCCAUGGCUUUUCGUCGGAUUAGGCAAUCCUGGUGAUAAAUUUAAAGGCACUCGCCAUAAUGUUGGCUUUGAAAUGAUUGAUGCAUUUGCUGAUUCUCUUGGCAUUUCACUCAGUAAUGUCCACUGUAAAGCUUUAUUUGGUCAAGGGUUUGCGGGUAACGUCCCGGUUUUCCUGGCAAAACCUCAGACUUACAUGAAUUUGAGUGGGGAAUCUACUGGUCCUCUAGCGGCAUAUUACAAGCUACCUCUGAAUCGGGUGAUGGUGAUUCAUGAUGACAUGGAGUUGCCAUGUGGUGUGCUUCGGCUUCAACUGAAGGGAGGUCAUGGAAGUCACAAUGGGCUGAAGAGCGUAAUUGAUGGUUUCAGAGGGAACAGAGAAUUUGCUCGCCUUAGGAUUGGAAUUGGGAGACCUCCUGGUCAAAUGGACCCCAAAGCAUUCUUGCUCCAAAAGUUGAACACUUUGGCAAGGGAACGGGCUCAGUGGCGACUGGCGAGUGGUAUAUAUGUACUUGUAGAAAAGGCACCGUUUGAAGAAAUAUGCUAAAUGGAGUAUUUGUUCUCUAUAAAACAAACUUAGAGGAUUUGGUGUAUGGCCCACAAAUCAAGCGAAUACCCGAGAUCCUAUACAAGUGCUCCUGGAGGAUCGUUUUCUAAAUAGUCGGACUCUUGUUUGAAUGAUGUCCUUGCCUCUGCCUAACAAAUGGGGUUAAUAGGAUGAGAAUGAAUAAGGGCACUUCUUGAUUCUCACAAAACUCAUGUCGCCGGGUCAUGAUUUCAGAUAAGAGCACCUCUUAGUGAACGUAUGAAGCAAAUAUGUGAUCCACAAAUUCAACAUACAAUAUAUCGUGAAACCAAUUGAGUUGUAAACUUUGGUGCUCAUUUUGUCAACACAAUAUUUAACGUAGUGCAUUAUUUAAACUGGCCCACAAUAUUCCGUUGAUUA